AUGAGCGAUUCCUCCGUCUAUGAGCCCGACGACGACCCCGAGUCUGGGUCCGACUUCGAACAACCCGAGCCCGAGUCAAACUUCGAGCAACCCAGCUCGUCCAAUGAACGCCCUUCAACUCCAAACCAAGACGAAUAUGAUUAUCGUGAUGACCCGUCAUUCCAUGGGGUCGAACGACAAAUCGGCGAGGCGCUCAUGGCACGCGUCCCACAAAUGCGUGGAUCGCUCACGUUUCUCCGAGCCUAUUCCCACCUUAUCGUCCAAAACGAGGAGCUUAUUGAUUAUGCCUCGCUGAGAGAAAUCGACAACACAUACCAAGUCAGCCAACAUGGUUCGAUGGUCUGGACGCCCACGGAGAAAGAAGUGUUCUUCAAUGGACUGGACCGGAAGGGCAAAGGCGGCAUCAAAGAGCUUGCUGCUGCAAUUGGUACCAAGUCGGAACUUGAGGUUAUGCAAUAUAUCCAACUUUUGCAUAAGGCCUUGGAGGCCCAGUAUAAUUCCGACGUGCACCUAGAGCGUAUGCCUGUGUUGAGCGAUGUCCAGGCGGCCACAGAGGUCAGCCAGGAAUGCUGUGAGCUACUUGAUGAAUAUGGCGAUGUUCUAGUAUUGAAAGAGUCCCUCACUGAAGCCCAAACCGGAACAAAGCAGCACGGAGACAACUGGAUUAUCACUAGUGACCGUGCACAGCAUCUGGCCGACGAGGAAGACGACAGUACUCGAGGUGACCUCCGCCUUGCAGCUGAUUUACUGAACCUCCCAGAUUGGGUUCGGCUUUCUCAUGUUUUGUUCAUGAACUUCGGUGGGAAACAAGCAGAGAAGAACUGGUGGAAUCUUGCCAAGAGAAAAGAUCUAAUCACAGCGUAUGGACAUGCCCCGUCUAUGACUGCAGAUACUGUUGUGGAUUUCUACUCUCUCGCCGUUAGUCUCACGCGCCGCUUGGUACAAUCAUCACUCUUCUUUGCAAUGUCAAGAUUGCGCGGCUUGAAUCGCAGUGGGAACGAUAGAAAAGGGCAUGUUCGAAUGCAAGAUGUGCGGGCCGCGAUUGAAGUGCUCAAUAUGAAGCACUGCAGGCCCAACUUUGUGGAUAUUGCUCGUCGCAACGAAACCGUCCUAGAAGACAUUCACAAUCGGAAAGGCUGGGUGCCUACAGUAUUCACCUACGAAGAAGCCGAAGAGAUCAUCGACAAACACGAGUGGACCCAGUAUCGUAAAGAUGGAACUGCGUACAAUGGUGACGAGGACAGUGAAGACGACGACAUUGAAAUAGGCGAUCCUACCGCAACGGAUGAUGAUAUCGAAAUGGAUGCCAGCAUGCAAAUGGCAGAACCUGAGCCAACGCCAGAACCGGAACCGGAACCAGAGUCCGAACUUGAAUCAGAACCAUAUUCAGAACCAGAGGACCCUGAUCACGAUCCUUUGCCCACGCGAGAGUCCUCCCGAAUGUCAUCGCCAAUUGUAUCUUCAGAGGAAUUGGAAAAGGACCCAGAAGAAGAGCAAGCAGACAUCGCGGACCAAAACGUCAGCCGCCGUGAAGAAGCCAACUUUCUGAAAUUAAUGGAUCAACCCGUGCCGACCGUCCUUGACCAACAACCUUUGAAAGCAGAGCUAGCGGAGGACGAGACCAAGCUACUGCUGGAGCGCAGGAUUAAAGAAGAUAUCUCUAGUUGGCGGGACCGGACUGUCUACCGUAACGAGUGGGAGGAGUACGGGUACGAUUUCGCAGAUCUGAAGGAAGACAUGGAAAUGCCUCCGUUGAAAAGGGCCCGAUACAACGAGUCAGCAGCUGCUCUCUCCGCCCCGAUUCCCUCGAUCGAAGAUGCGAUAAUUGAGGAGGCAAUAAUUGAUAAUGAGGACGAUGAGGAUAGAUUUCAGCAAGGAUAA